UAUCUUUCCUGCCACAAGUUAUGAGACGUGGCGCGUCCUCCCGUCUCCAGGUGGCAGCCGCGCAGCGUCGUCUGCUCUCAAUCCGCCCAUCUACCCCAGCAGCUGGCAUCGACUUUGCACUUGUUCCUUCGUGAAAUGACGGCCACCGCCAGCCAGUCAACAGUCAACACAAGGCAGCGGGUCGGGAAGUGAGUGGCAAGAUGGCCCCGGGGUGGACGUGUGUGGCGGCUCUCCUCAUCAUCCUGGUUAUUUCGUGUGAGGCAGGACGGGACUUUUACAAGAUUUUGGGUGUGCCAAGGGAUGCUAGCGUGAACCAGAUCAAGAAGGCAUACAGGCGGUUGGCCAAGGAGUACCAUCCAGACAAGAACAAGGACGACCCACACGCUGAGGAUAAGUUUAAGGACCUUGGAGCAGCUUAUGAGGUGCUGGUGGAUGAUGAGAAACGACAGAAGUAUGACAGGUGUGGUGAGGAGUGUGUGGCCAAGGAGGAUGGCUUUGGGGGUAUGGAUCCUUUCGCCAGCUUCUUUGGAGACUUUGGCUUUGGUUUUGGUGGCGGCGGUGGUAGUCGAGAGCGAGAAGUCCCAAGAGGUGGAGACGUCACAAUGGACAUGCAUGUGACACUUGAGGAGCUAUAUGUGGGCAACUUUGUGGAGAUGGUACGGAACAAACCAGUGAUGCGGGCAGCCUCAGGAACGCGACGCUGUAACUGCAGGCAGGAGAUGGUGACAAGACAGUUGGGUCCAGGCCGCUUCCAGAUGACUCAGCAGCAGGUUUGCGACGAGUGCCCCAAUGUAAAGUUGGUGAAUGAGGAACGCACCCUGGAGUUUGAGAUUGAGCCUGGCAUGGUUGAUGGGCAGGAGCACCGUUUUGUAGGGGAGGGUGAACCCCACAUUGAUGGUGACCCAGGAGACCUCAUCAUCCGCAUUAAGACUCAGCCACACUCCAGGUUUGAGCGGCGUGGGGAUGACUUGUACACCAAUGUCACUUUGUCCUUGCAAGAAGCAUUGCUUGGCUUUCAGCUGGAUAUUCCCCACUUGGAUAACCACAAUGUCCACAUAGUGAGGGAGAAGCCCACCUGGCCUGGUGCAAGAAUCAGGAAGAAGGGUGAAGGAAUGCCCAAUUAUGAUAACAACAACCUGGUUGGCACCCUCUACAUCACCUUUGAUGUGGAGUUCCCCAAGUCAGAGUUCACCCCAGAGGAGCGUGAAGAACUGAAGAAGAUCCUGAAGCAGGAGUCCAUAGGAAAGGUGUACAAUGGUCUGCGUGGAUACUGAUGACUGUGCUAAGUUAGGAACACUUUUGUACAGAUUGUUAUAAUUUAUGUAUGUAAUUGCGUGUGUGUGUGUGUGUGUGUGUGUGUGUGUGUGUGAUUGCUCCAGUGUACCCAGGGUUGUUGUAGAAUCAUCAUGACUACCAUUAACUGCAUAAAAGUAGUGUGAGAGGACUCCCCUUUUUCUCUUUUCUGCCGACAAGACUUAUUGAGGAGCAGCAUUUUUAUCUCUUUUUAUGACGAUGCUGGAGCAGACAUAACUUUAAUUGUCAAGUGGUUUUUGCCAAGGCAUUUGUCAUCACCUGUACUCACUGCCACUUGCACACCACCAGUAGUUGUGUCACUGAGCAUUGAGAAGACAUGCACGUAUGUAGGUCACACUGGGUCCUCAUCCCACAAAAAAAUGUGAUUUGUGCUACUGGAUUGUAAUAUUCUAGGAAACUUGGGCCAUGCAGUGUAAAAAAAAAUAUAUAUAUAUAUAUAUAUAUAUAUAUAUAUAUAUAUAUAUAUAUAUAUCAUAUUAAACUAUUUUGUAAAUUAGAUCUUGCAUGUGUGAUACAUUUUGGGUGUCUUAAUCUAUUGGCAUUUUGAUGACCAGAAGUCCUGUGUUGAUUGGGAGCUUGCCUCCUUGCUGUGUCUGUAUACAAACUGAAGCAGGCCAUUUCAGUUUGUGUAGAAACUUAAAUUACUGAAUAAUAGAGAAAAGGGCAUAAUAGUAAUGAUGAUUAUGAUAGUAAUGGUAAGGAUGAAAAUUAUAAUAAUCAUUAUAAUAAUAAGUAUACUUUCAAAACCUAGUAUUUAAAAAUUCUUUGCAGAACCUUUGUUUGCCAUGAACAACUUAAUGCAUGUUACUUUAUUUUUAUUUCUGUUUAGCAGAGGUUAUGAUUUGCUCUCAUCUUAAUAUAAAAACAAUGGGAUAUUCAUUAGAAGCAUUCAACUUGAGGUGUAGUGUCAAAUGGAUGGAGAAGCAGAUUAAAUAUUUCCCAGCUCUGCUUUGUGGAGGUAAUGUGGCCUUUCAUGAGGUAGACAGCCAUCCAAGUUUUAACAAAAAUAACUCAAACAAGCCAAAGGUCUCGCCAACUUUGUCACCAGUCCAGGUGGUAAGGAGACGUGUCAGGGUUUGCUUGUAUGUCUUGUGUGAAUAUAACUUGAGUAACUAUAAAUCACCUGUCACACACAGAGUGCCUCCAAGAUCAUGUAAGGAGAAUACUAAGCAGUGGUUGGCUUUAAAGGGCUGCCUUUGUCACUAAUGUGCACAUUUAAGUAGCAUGGCUCACCUGAAAGUGACUUCAUUACCAAGCCGUUAUAAUGAAAACAUAUCUUAGCCUUAUUUAAUGAAACAUUUGUCUAAGAUAUGUUUUCAUUAUAAUGGCUUGGUAAUGAAGUCACUUUCAGGUGAACUUAGCCUUAUUUAAUGAAACAUUUGUCUAAGUUCACUUUUAUAUAAUUAAGUAAAGAGUUAAUUUUUGGUGUAGCAGAUGAUACAGUAGAGAUGGCAUGGUUGGUGUACACCACUUGCACAAGGCAUUGAGUACAGUUGUAAACAAAACUAUGAGGACUGUCUGACUCAAGUGUCUGCCUCAAUUUCCUCCCCUACUGUGAGUAAAUACAGAAUACUUAUACACAGCAGUUUUCUUGUAGCAUGUUGACAGUAUUAUAUUGAUUGUCUCAGUUACAAUUGCUUAAAACACAAGUACUUUUCUGGCUCUGACGCAGCAUGUUUGUCUGAUUUGAGUUGUGAACUUGAGGGCUUGUCCCACACCUUCAUUUUUGGAAAAUGUGAGGAUUUUUCAAGAAAAUAUUUAAGAAAAGUGCUUCAUGUAAAUUGCUGAAUACAAUAACACAUCCAUUCUCAAACAAAUUUGAAUAAUGUAAGGCAAAUCAAAUCAGUCCAAAUUAUGUCGGAUUUGAAUUCAUAAAGUUUUUGUAAUUUCUUUUUAUCUUUUGCAUCAUACUCAUGUAUAGUCACAAGAUGUGUGUACCACACAGUGCAAUCCAGAUCUCUGCAGGCUGUCUGCCAGGAAGCAUUGCACUCUUGCUCCUAAAUGGACCUGAAUGUCAUUAGCACUAUUCCAAAUCACAUGGUGGUAUAUGUUAAGAUUUUGUGCUGUAAUCCAUACUUUCUUUUAUAUUGUUUGAUACUCCACAUAAUUUGUCUCACUUAUCAGUGUGUUUCUUCCAGUCAUUGCUUAACUUUAGUCUAAAACAUAAUUUAAUUUAACAUCUUUAUUUGUCUUUCUGUGGCUGGGCAGCUUGUGAACCUCUCCUAUUUCUCACAGUUGUUGAUGAACUAGCCUGUGAUGUUCACCCUUCUGUCCUCUUCCACACACUGUCUCCAAGUUUUUUUUUUUCAGUCUUCCCACUGAUCUCCUUCCAACUACUUCUGACCCUGAUGCUCUUCUGAGUAUAUGUAUACAUAUCUACAGUUCAUACAGUAUUCAAUCUAAACAUGGCCCAUGUAAUAAGGCAGGCAGUGGGAAAUUUCUGCUUUCAAUAUUAAUCAUACAAGAGUUAAUCAUCAGUACUUGAUGUCUAGCUUUACUCCUCUUAGCCUUCUUGCCUUCUUGUCAAACUGCUUCCCUUUUUUCUGUCCUCAGCACAUUGAGUUCCUUUUUUAGAUUAUAAUGGCAUGUGUUUUGUGUGUGCCCAGUGAUAUCACAAAUAUUGGUAUUGAUUGCUAUUGGUUGUUGUGCAGUACUGGUUCACCUCAAUGUCUUUCACAUAUUAUGGUGACUGAGAGCCAGUCAGAGCACCUGAUGUUUGCCUAUUUUUGAGCUGUUAGUUGCCUUGCUUGGCAUCUUUACCAAAUGUUUAUUAAAUAAUUUCCCAAGUCUUUGAUCCUAUCUUGCUCAAGUUUAAAACAAAAUGCCUCAUACAUGUACUAUUCCUUCUUGUAAAAGACUCAGAGCCAUUAACAUCGAAGUGUGAAGACCAUGCCUGAAAAAGUUGUUUUAUGUUUACUGUACCACCAUGUCAAUUGGUAUCCUGCUUCCCUGAAAGAUGGUUCAGCUUCUCUAGAUGAAGUCUUUAGUUCUUGUGUUGCUACCCAAAGAGGAAAUUCCUAGCUAAUGUGCUGCUGCCAGUAGCCUUCCAGUGUUCCCAGCAGACAAUUUGGGAACUUCCAGAAUAUGUUUUAUAUUUUCAGGUGUUAUGUGUAGGUGUAAGGUUUUUGAGAGAGAGAGAGAGAGAGAGAGAGAGAGAGAAAAAAAAAACACAAAUACCCUUUUUGUAUUUAUAGAAGAAUUAUUGUAAGGUUGCAGGCAUACUUUGAACCUUGUAUUGGGCAGUUGAAAUGUAAACUUUGCCCAUCACCUUUUUAUUUAUUUAUUUUAUUUAUUUAUUUAUUUAUUUAUUUAUUUUUAUUUAUUUAUUUAUUUUUUCUUAAUUUACAGAAUGUACUCUUAAGCUGUCCCAACUUGCAACUUGAAAGACAAUCAUGAGAAUUAACUAUUUUAUAUUGUGCUUCUUGACUUGCUGAAAUAAUGUGGCUAUUUGUUGUUUGGCAUGGCUGAAUCCAGGAGAGUGGAGUCACACAAAUCUUUCUCAAAAUAAAAGGAAUAAAGCACAGUUGGCUGGCAGAACCAUCUGAACUUUCACAUUUGAAUACCACUCACUGCCUGUGAUAAUGGUCACAGUCACUUAUCUCUCAUGAUAUUUUGAAUGUGAUGAGUGACUAUUUAUUUAUUUUUUUUCAUUUAUUUAUUUAUUAUUGUUUAUUAUUUUUUGAAAUUCUUCGAUACUUGCUGAAUAAAUAUAAGUAACCACUUGAAAAGUGGGCAUGUAAUAUGCGAGGUCAGACCAGUGCUGCCUGCCCCUGACCACCUCACUGCAUGUGUACUAUUUACAAUAUCCUGCCUUUUGGUGGAGAAAAGGUAUCUUACAAUAAGUUUAAUAUAUUUAUUUGUAAAGGCACACAUAACCUCAGCAAAAUUCUGUUAUGAUACACCACAAGUAAAACAAAACUAAACAUUA